AUGGAUUCUAGCAUCUCGGUCAAUGUCAUGAUGCUCGCAAAGCAGCUCCUCGUCGUCGCGUCCUUGCUCUCGUUGACUCAAGCUCAAGAAACCGUGCUUGGAGUCUACAUCUUCCACCGCCAUGGUGACCGAACCUCUAAGAGCACUCCGCCCACCUCUCUCACAGAUCUCGGCUACCAACAAGUCUGGCAAUCCGGAGACUUCUACCGCAACCGCUAUGUCGAUGCCAACGCCACCUCCCCCAUCUUCGGACUGGCUUCGGAUCUCGUCAAGACAUCCCAAUUGAGUGUUGAGGCUCCAGUCGACACCGUGCUCCAAAACUCUGCUGUGGGAUUUUUGCAGGGCCUGUACCCUCCCGUUGGAGCGACUUUAUCAACACAGGUUCUUGCCAAUGGAACCAGCGUUGCUGCUCCGUUGAACGGGUAUCAAUUGAUCCCGGUGAAUGCUGUGGCAUCGGCAUCGAGUGGUGCCAAUUCAGAGAAUUCCGCUUGGCUCCAAGGUCAGAGUGGAUGUCACAAUGCAAUCGUCAGCUCGAACAACUACUUCUUCUCCGACGAAUACGAGGACAAGCUAAAAUCCACCGAGGGCUUCUAUUCCAACCUUCUCCCUGUCAUCAACAGGACUUUCACUGCCGCAACGAACACUUUCAAGAACGCCUAUACCGUGUUCGAUCUUAUCAACGUCGCCCUGAUCCACAACACCAGCAUCCAAUCCUCGGACCUCCUCACAGCCCCCACCUUGCACCAACUCCAAACCCUAGCCGACGUCCACGAGUUCAACCUCGCCUACAACUCCUCCGAGCCCAUCCGCGCCAUAGCCGGCUCCACCCUCGCCGCCCAGAUCGUGCAGCAUCUCAACGCCACCAUAACGGGCAAGUCCCAGGCCCCCAUCGUCAGCCUGCAGUUCGGCGCCUACGCCUCCUUCCUCUCCUUCUUCGGCCUCGCCCAGCUGCCCGCCGCGUCCGCGAACUUCACCGGCCUCGUCGGCUACGCCUCCUCCAUGGUCUUCGAGCUCGUCACCAACGCGAGCCUGUCGUCGUCGUCGUCGUCGGACGACACAACCACCACCGCGCCGUACCCGAGCGCGGACGACAUCGCGGUGCGCUUCCUGUUCGCCAACGGCUCGGCGGCGGCGAACCCUUUGACGGCUUACCCGCUGUUCGGACGGGCCGAGACGCUGCUCCCGUGGUCGACGUUCGCGAGCGAGAUGGCAAGGUUUGCAGUGGGCGAUCUGCCGACCUGGUGCACGCAGUGCGGCAACUCGACGGGGGUGUGUGCUGCUGCUGCUGCUAACACCACUUCCGGGGGAACGCCGUCGGCUAGUCAGGGCGCUCCGGGCGAGGGAGGCAUGUCGAGGGCUGUGGUGGGUGCUAUUGGGGCUAUGGUUACUCUCGCUGUGGUUUUUGGAAUAGAGGCACUAGUUAUGCUUGUUGCUGGGCUCAGAAUCGUCCGCAGGGAGAGACUUGAUGCCGCGUCGGCUGAGAGACUCGCUCCUGCUGUCAAGGCGUAG